ACAACCCACGUGUGACACAGAAAACUUUUGUAAUUUGUAAAAUCUAUAGAAGUGUAACUUGCAAUUUAUUUAUUACACACACGACAGCAGAGGUUAAGCUGUUAGGGGCGAUACAUCUGCUCCCUGUGACCAUUGUAAUUGCCACAAAGCGGUUGUAGUAACGCGGAGAGGUAGAAAUCGGAUGUUGUUUCGAAUGGACAACAACAACAACAGCUGAACAACCUGUAGCACCACACCAUCAAAGCCAAGGGUACUUUGAGUCCAGAGGAACGGUGAAAAUCUCGUUUAUGUUUUAGAUGGCAACUUCCAGAGAUCAGUGCGGAGUGAUGGACGAUUAUUUUGAUAAUGACUACUCUGAUGAGGACUUUGAGAUCUCCGGCCCUUGCCCUAUGACUUCUAAUUCCAAUCCAGAGACCAUGAAGGUACCAUUGAACAGCAUCAAGGACAAAACCAUGCAUGAAGUGUCUGAGAGCUGGCUACAAUCUCUGCAGGAUCAUCCAUUGGUAGAGGAUGAUGCACAAGUAUUAAAACACCUGUUAGAUAAGUUGCAGGCACUUUGGGGAAAUGAGAAAACUCGCAAAACUGAAUUCUCCAGAAAGCUAUGUAAUUUCCUGUUGUCUGCGGUUAAUCCAUUUUCCGCAACCUUAUUUUUAAUAGAUAGCUGUAAGGACUUCAAAACUGGGAAGACAACUACAACAGCCUUUGGAGUUCUAAAAGAGUUUGAAAAAUGGCUGCAAACACAAGGGUCCAAGCUGGAGAGGUUUGAGACUCUUGAUCAGGCCACAAGGAAGUAUGCGUUUCAUUUAGCCACAAAAUACCACACCAAUUUCCUUGAGCUGUUUGUGAAGGCAUUUGACCUGAGGCAUGCAGGCAAUGAGUAUUGUCUGCCAAGAAUCCAGGAAUUAAUUGACAACCAGAAGUACAAGGAGGCUGCUGUGUGUGCCUCAAGGCUAGGACUUCAACACCACUUUACACUACGUCAGAUUGUGUUACCGCUACUGUUACAAGAUAAAGUUAAUCUGAUUGAGAGUUACGUGUAUGGUCAGCCCUCGGAGCAGAUGGCUCUCCUAAAACUGCUGGAUCACCUGUGUGACAAGAGCACAGACCUCACCGAAGUUACCAGCUCCAUGAAGAGUGAUGUACCAAAUAUCCGUGGGGACAAGUUCCACUUCAAAAUCCUCAGUAAGCUGGCAGUGAGGCUGAUGAAACUGUAUGGUAUCCCUCCAGAAAGCUGUCCAAACAUCAAUAAUGCCAGAAAUUUGGGAGCUCUGAGGUAUUUGUUGUACAAGAAAUAUAUUGAGAAAUCUUUAGGGGAUGAGAACUGGGAGGAAUUAAUCAAGGGAUCUGUAAGUGGAAAUGAUUGGCUGAUAGAGCAGCUUGUCGACCAGCUGGUUGGCUACAACGAAAUGGGGGAGGCAGUGAAAUGGGCCAGGUUUUAUGAGAUACCUGAUGAUAGACUGUCACCUGACGUGGUGGAGGCCAAACUCAAGAUGGACGGUGCACCCUUGUCUGAACCAGUGGCACAAGAAGAGAACUGGGGAGAGGAAGUGUACAGUGACGAACAUAUCCAGUCCUUCUAUUAUAGUCUGUCCCUGCCUCCCUCUGCGAUACAGGUGGUAGACAGUAGGGAGAGGCUGUACAGGUGUCUGCCUCAUCUGUCACAGGUUCCUGGAGUCAUAGGUGUGGAUUCGGAAUGGAGACCAGCAUUUGGAUCCAUAACAACCAAUGUUGCACUCCUCCAGAUGGCCACCCGUGAUCAGAUUUACCUGAUUGACAUCCUUACCCUACAGAACUGCCUUCAGAAGCGAGACUGGGAUCAGUUCUUCCUGCAGACCUUCUGUAACCCAGACAUCCUUAAGCUUGGGUAUGGUCUAGCUACAGAUAUGCAGAUGAUCCUGAAGACACUGCCCACUCUCAGGCCCACCCUAGAGAAGGUCAAACGUCUGGUGGACUUGGAGAAGCUGGGUAACCAGGUGCUGGGUGGCCUAGCUGGUUGUUGUGAUGAUGAUGACAUGGGCGCUGUAGGGGGAGGAUUAUGCCUGGCUGGUGAAGAAUUGUCUGAUGACGAUGAUGACCAUGGGAAAGCUGUCCCAUUGGUUAAAGUGCAGCCCAUUAUCAAGUCAGAGGAGAAGGGUUUGAGUGAGUUGGUUCGUCAGUGCUUGGGGAAGCCACUGAGCAAAUUGGAACAGAUGUCAGACUGGCAGAGGCGGCCAUUACGACCUUCACAGAUGACCUAUGCAGCUUUGGAUGCAUAUGUUCUUUUGGAGCUGUAUGAUGUCCUAGUGACAGAGGCCCGAAGAUCAAAGAGAGAAAUUGACCUUGAGCCCAGCAUCGGCACAAAGUGGCUGGGCAAAAGCAAGAAGCAGAAAUUACAGUCACGAAUCCGAGGGGAGAAGAAGAAGGCUCAGUCCUCGGAGUCUCGCCGAAGAGACGUGCCAGCCAAAGAGGCUGUCAAUCUGCCACCACGAACCACUCCAACCACUCCACAGGAGCUCACUGUUGUGGUGGACUCCAUGUUACAGGGAUUGGGUAAACAGCUACGCAGCUGCGGAGUCGAUGUGCGCAUACUGGAAAACUAUGAAGACCACGAGAAGGCUAUUGAGAUUUGCCUGCGCGAGAACAGGGUAGUUUUGACCACCAGGGGGCCUUACGAGCGGAUCCAGGCAUGUGUUGGGAAACACAAUGUCUUCUGUGUGUCGCAUGACAAAAAGGCAAGAGAGCAGAUGAAAGAGGUGCUGCACUAUUUCAAUGUGACAGUGACACAGGCUGAUAUAUUUAGUAGGUGUUGCGUUUGUAACGGAGAUUAUUACAUACAGAUUCCAUCCUUUGACAUGAAACAACUGUGGCUGAGGAAGCAGGAGCAGCUGUGUCGCAUUCCAAAGGGAAAAGUGUUCUACCCUGGGACGUUUGACUUCCCAAUAGACUUUGAAACUGCCAGGCUGAAGGAGUCAGGUGUCGAAGUCCAGGUAGAGGCUGUCCCAGAAGCCAUGUUUGACAAAAUUGAUAUGUUCUUCCUGUGUGGCACUUGUGGCAAAGUAUUCUGGGAAGGAACACAUUUCACGAGAAUCUGUGAGAAUUUCUCAGAUGUUUUACAGUUGGACCCUGCAGCCAAGACUGUUUAUAAAUCUUGAACCGUAUCUUGAUGGAUCAGUUUUUCGUCAUCUCAGUUUUAGUAGAACUACAUUUUUGUUAUUCUGUAUACAUGUUUGCCUGCUGCUAUUUAAAAAGGUCCUCAUAUCAUAUUGUGUAUGAACUUGAAGCCUUUCUUAAAAUCCAGACCAAUUCCUCAUGUUUUUUCACAUGCAUACAUGUAUAUUUGUAGACCCAAAGGCCAUUAUCUCCCAAUUAUGGGCACUGUGUGUUACAAGUAUGAAUCUAAAGCAGUCAUAUGCUGUAUCAAAUAAAGCAAAUAUCUUUCAAACUCCACU